GAAAUUACGUAAAAUGACGAAGCAGCGGUAUAUAUGAAUAAUGAAAUUCUGGGGAAAAGCUGGGCGCGAGCGACUAUUUUGUCAUUUUGGGUCAUUUUGGGUCAUUUUUGCGGUGCGAUUUAUAAGGGGAAUAGGAUUUAUUGGUGUGUUUGAACUUUAUGUUGUUGGCGGUUUUGAUCACGGGGGCGAGAGGAUUGGAUGGCAUGGGGGGAUGGGGGGUCUUGCGUGCGAGCGAGUGGAUUGAGGGGAAAGGACGGGAUACCUUGAGGGAUAUAUUUAUUUAUUUAUUUAUUGUUUAUUAUUGGGAUA